UCUGUGUGCGUGUGUGUCUCCCCAGGCUGGACAAUGCAUCACCUCAGCUGGCUCUUCCUGGCCCCGCUAUUAGCCCUGGCGACAGCCGCUCCCCGCUGUCCCAGUGGCUGCCACUGUCUGGGGGACCUGCUCCACGUGGUGUGUGAGAACAGGGGGCUGAAGAAAAUCCCAAGAGUUCCCAACAAGGUCCGUCUCCUGAGUCUGCAGCAGAACAACUACCCCACCCUCCCUUCCAACGGCUUCAGCUCAAUGAAGGGCCUCGUUUCACUCCACCUCCAGGAUUGUCGCAUACGAGAGAUCUCCCCUAACGCUUUCCGCGGACUCAAGAAGCUCGUCUAUCUGUACUUGUCCAACAAUGAGAUUAACACCAUCAGGCCAGGCGCCUUCCAGGACCUCUCACAAUUGACCUACCUCUACAUGGACAACAACCGAAUCAGUGAGCUCGCCAAGGGUCUGCUGAGCCCGCUCAAGAGCUUGUUCCUGCUGCAGCUCUCCAACAACAGGAUGCACCAGAUCAAAGCCGGUAGCUUCGCUGGCGCUAAGGAACUGCGGUGGCUCCAUCUCAGCGGUAAUGACAUGACCACCAUCCUGCCCGGCGCCCUGGAUGAUGUUGAGAACUUGGCGACUCUUCAUCUGGACAAGAACAAGCUGAACAGCUUCCCGGCGGCGGCCCUCAGCAAGCUCCGGGUGGUCGAGGAACUGAAACUCUCCUACAACUCCAUCAGGACCAUCCCUGACAACGCAUUCCGCUCGUUUGGGAGAUACGUCGAGCGCAUGUGGCUGAACAACAUGGGGCUGGAGAGGUUUUCAGAUGGAGCAUUCAAUGGCGUCACCGGCCUUUCAGCCCUUCAUCUGAAUGACAACAAAUUGGAAUCUCUACCUUCAAAUCUUGUCUUGACCAAAAUGAAGAACAUGACUCUCUCCAACAAUCCCUGGCAUUGUUCCUGCUCACUGGCUGCAGUACGAAGAUGGAUGGAUACCAGCAGGAUUCGUCCAGAUGGCGUCUGUGCUUCUCCAAGUCAAUACCGUGGUCAGCAGAUCCGGGAAACCUCUGCCUUCAGAACUUGUCCAAGACGUGCAAAGCGCAACAAGAAGAAUGCACUCUGAGCAGGUGGUGGGAAUGUCCGUCCUGGAGACUGACUCCUCGUUUGACAAUACCAACUGCUGACUCCUCACAGCCACUUCCCACACACACAGAAGGAAUUUCUCAGUCACCGUUGACAGUGAUCAUGAAUCAGCAACAAAUUCCUCAUAACUUUGAAGAGCACGUAACGGAUUGCAGCUUCAGCACAGCCAUACCUCUUCACAGUCUAAGUGUGUGCACUCAAAAUUCUCAGCGCUUAGAAACAGCAAUGAAAAUCAAGUAGCUAAACAAAAAUAAAGGGGCAAACACGCUUCUGACUAGAAGCAUCUCUUCCAAGUAGACAUACACAGGCUUUGUCAUGAUUACUGUAUUAAUAUAUAUAUAUAUUCACAUAUAUAUUUAUGUAUUCAUAUAAGACAUUUCCUGGGACCUAGAUAAUCUGUUGGAGACACUUCCUUCCAACCUUCCCUCACCCCCUUAUUAUUAAUGCAGUUAAUAUUACAUCCUACUCCUCCAAAGAAGUACAUUUUUGGGAAAGGGGCAAGUACAUUGUGCCAAAUAGUUCUUACCCAUUCCUAGCAAAUACAUUCAAAUGCCUUUUGAAACAAUGACAAAUGGCUUGCUCCCAGUGCUUGUUCUGCCAAACUAUUCUAUACGUUACUGUCUGAGGUGAAGUAGAUUUGCCUAACUCUCCCUCUCAUUUUCUAUUCUCAACCCUAGAGUUUUUUUUUCAUUUAAAUAUGACUGUAGACUACAUCAAGAUCUUUUCUUGUUAGCCGGUACCCAACUGACAUUACAUUGAGUUUCGAUCCAUGGUAUUUACAAAGAUGAAAUAUAAUGGGUAAGGAAGCAAAGGUUUUUGAGUUGCCUGCACUAAUGCAUCACCAAUGUUUCAAUGUUAUAUUUAAGCCAAAAUGGGGUAGUGGGAGGGAUGAACUCUGGAUGAAGCAGUAUUUGCGCACUUAGCUCUUCUGCCUGUUUAAAAUAGCUCUGUAUAAAAUGGGUUUCAGCGGUGUACAAGUAAGCCCCAAUGCACCAAACUGCUCCAAGUUGGCAAUAUCUCUCAGAUAGGCCCAGAAGGUCUGGUCAGUGUCAGAAAUGAAAAUGUUUUAAUCUGCAUUAAGCCUAGAUGGGGUCAUAACUUGAUCCUAAUACUAUGAUCCAUCAGUUAAUAUCGAAGUCUCACAUCCUGAUUAUCAAAAGAAAAGUCUAUUAUUGUAUUGAUUUAACUUUGUCUUUGUGGAAUGACAUAUUUCUCAGGAGGGUCAGUUAGCUGGAGAGCUAAUUUGCAAUUCAGAAUAACACUAACAGUGUUGGUUCGAUUUCUGCAAUAGCUGAGGUUAUCAUGAAGGAUUCUCCUUCCCAACCUCUCAGAGGUUAAACCACCACUAGUUAUUUCUCUCUAAUGAGACAACAGUUCUAUGGUCUGGUCGGACUCUGGUGAUUUUCCCCUUUUUUACUUCUUGGAUAGCUUGGUGGGGAAUUGAAGAUUACUGCAACUGUGCAUUGCAAACCAGGAUUUGCAACAUUCACCCAUCAAACUAACCAAAAACCUCAAACCAUAUCAAAAUUUGCUACUCCAAGCGACCAACUAUGAAGUUCUCAAUUGUCCAGCCACACCUCCGUCCAGUUUACACAGGCUAAUUCUUGACACUCAGUACUCCAACUGAAUUUUAUAAGGUGAGGAAACUCUGGCCACUUUCCCAAAAUUAUGCUAAAAGAUUUUAUGAUUCCAGGGUGGCCAGAACUGUCAGUCUGUCCUAUUCAGAGAGAGAGACAGCGACCAUUGAAUGCAUGUCUUUGAAAGAGAUCACACAAAGGGAGUUAACAGAACAUCGUGGUCAAUAGUGUAAACAGCUUGAAGUCCCAGUACCCCACUGCAUAAUUCUAAUGUACCUGCAGAUGUAUAACUUCAUGAAUUAAUUUUAUCAAUUUAGUUAACAUAUUCAAUUGUGAACUCACCUUUAGCUUUCCAUCUUUAAAGAAAAUUCAAUGACAGUGAGCAUUGUGCGUUGGGUGCCCACUGCAUUUCUAAGCAAUGCACUGUAUGUACAACCUAUGGUCUUUGGCCCCCUCCCAGUACUCCAGCCUUCAUAGCUCAGGCAUCAUGCUGUAUUUAUAUUUCUUACUGGAUGAUACCAUCUGUAUGCUUGGGAAAUCUGCCUCAUUGUGGAUGGAUCCUAUUUCAAAGCAUUGAGAUCAGUUAUUAUCAGCAACAUCUCAUAACUUCAGAUCAACAGGAAUAGAGAUUUAAACAACUAAUGCUGAAGGGUUGAUGUACAUGACUACAAGAUCAACAAAGACCAUUCUGGCCAUUCUUUAGGUCCAGCUAAUUACAUGCAGCAUUAUAUCAGUUGUCAUAUCACUAACAGACUCUCAUUUAUGGAUAUUAGGUGCCCCUUUUCAUAUUGUGCCAUUGUCUGCUGAACUUCAAUCUGAUGGAUCCUGCACCCAGGAAAAUUUACAUAAAGUCAAAGACAAACAUCAUCAUAGAACAAUAGAAAACCAGGAAAUGUCUCCAAGUUGUUGCUGUGUCUUCAAAGUGAAUAGAAAAUUAUGCCAUCCUAAAGAUAUAGCAGCAGAUCCCAAACCCAUGACCACAACUUAGACAAAUAAGGGCAGCAAAAAUAAGUGAACACCACCACUGCAUGCUGUCUUGGAACUGUAUCACCAUUAUUCACUGGUGCUGGGUUAAACUUCAGCAGUCCAGCUGGACCAACACCACAUGGACCACAGUGGUUCAAGGUGGCUCAUCACUACCUUUCAAGAGCAAUGAAGGAAGGAUGAUGAAUGUUAGCUAUUCCAUUGAUAUUCACACCCAAGAACGAAAAUAAAAUAUUGCAACAGUGGAAUCGAAUGAACAGCCAGUGCACUACUGAGAGAUGAAAACACUGAACACCAGUACAACACCUACAAAUCCUACAUUAUAAUAUAAAAAUUGAUUAACCCUGUCCUGGGCAUCUCUAAAAUUGCUUACCCUCUUGAGUAGCUCAUAAGCAUCCUGGAAGAACAACAUCCAGAUGGUUUUGAGAUGAAAAUUCAUUAGCACACUGCCUUUAACUAGCUCACCGCCCCUCUGCAGUCACAAUACAAUUUAGAAAGUUUGCAAUUAUCUUUUUUAAAAAAGAAACCCUUGUUGGUGAGGGAAGUACCGUGGAGAAGUACAGCGAUUUUCAUCUCAAGGUGUGUCACAUUGUUGCAGGGUUUGCUGUAAUAUUUUAUCUUCAUGCUGUAUAUAAAACGUUAGUAGAACCUUAGUGCAGGUCACUCUUAACAUGGCCCAAGAGAGAUUAUGGGCCUUAAAAGGAUGUCUCGGGAAUAAUUUCUGCUGCCAAGCUGAUAUUCUCAUCUCCAGUAAGUGUGAAUUGCUGAGCAACUCUUCUGCACUUUACUUGCUGCAAG